AUGUCUAACCUGUUGGCGAGGCUCCCGAUAUGGUUCCGCGGAGAUAACGGCCGGCGUGGAGCGUGGUACGGCGUCGCGUUGUCCUUCGUGUCAAUGCUCGUCUUCUGCGUGCUCGUCGCCACCGUCAGCGUCUGGAAGGCGUUCGUGUUCGCCGGUCUGGCGUUGGUUGCCUUCGGGAUCGUAGAGUGCCUUAGGCCGACGGGCGGCACCGGCGACGAGCAGGAGGCUAGGGCGGGCGCUCCACCGCGGGCGUGGAAGUUCGGGCUCGGGAAGAGCACGAUCGACGCGCUGCCCACGUACGCAUACACGCCCAGUGGCGCCGAGGGAGGCGGCGACCUCGAGUCCGGGAGCGGCGAGCUGUGCUCCGUGUGUCUGGAGGAGCUUGAGGACGGCGAGAUGGUGCGGCAGCUACCAGCGUGCAAGCACCUCUUCCAUGUGGAGUGCAUCGACAUGUGGCUGCACUCGCACACCACGUGCCCUAUUUGCCGCUGCGACCUGUCGCCACCGAGGACGAUUACUGCAAAAUUGGCGGCUGUAGAGACGGAACUGCCGGCUGAUGAUGCUUUGCCGCCUGUGUAG